AUGCCAACAGAUUGCUAUUACCAUGGCUACGUGGAAGGCAUCCUGGACUCCAUGGUGACCCUGAAUACCUGCUCUGGGCUCAGAGGACUGCUUCAGAUUGGAAACUCAAGCUACAGCAUUGAGCCCCUGGCAGCUUCCACCACUGCUGAGCAUCUUCUGUCACAGAGGGAGGAGGUGGUUUCUGAAACAGUGAUGUACAAAAUGCCCAAGGAAGGUGGACAAUUUCCAGCUCCUAGUAAAGCAACGAGGCAGGUCCAGGCCCAGAGAGACACACAGUAUUUAGAGCUCCUUGUUGUGGUGGACAAGGAAGGUUUUGAUGCCUUUGGCAAAAGUAUCACUAAUGUGACUCUGGAAGUUAUUGAAAUAAUCAAUCUGGUGGAUGGCCUGUUCUAUUCCUUCCACCUUCGUGUUUUGAUAAGCGCAGUAGAGGUUUGGGUGGAGAAGAACCCAAUCAGUGUUACUGAAAACAUUACUGAGGUUCUUCAUAAUUUUAAUCUUUGGCGGACGCAGCAAAGCUCCGCCUACGAUGCGCACGACGUGGGGUGUCUGUUUGCCUCCAUGGGCUUUGGUGGUGAUAGGAGAGCGCUGCCUAUGUGGGGCAAAGCCAACUUUGCCAGUGCUUGUGAUCAAGAACGUGCCUCUGCUGUUGUGUCAUUUGCAAAACGGCCUUACAUGGACACUGCUCUCCAUGUUGCACGAGCGCUGGGACAUGUCCUUGGCAUGAGGCAGAAUGACAGAUACUGCAGAUGUGGAAACACCUCUAAAUGCAUCAUGAGCCCAGAUGGCACAGAGAGCUAUCAAUUCAGCAACUGCAGCAAAAAGCACUAUUUGGACUUUAUAGCAUCAGGGCAAGGAUUCUGCCUGAAUAACCCCCCAGAAAUGGUAAGGAUACUUGAACUGGGGUUCUGUGGGAAUGGUGUCCUGGAGGAGGGGGAGGAGUGUGACUGUGGCUCAGAAAUACAAUGUAAACUGGACCGUUGUUGUGACGAUACCUGUCAUAAAAAAGCAGGAGCCAUUUGCUCUUUUGGAGGCUGCUGUAAGAACUGCAAACCUCUUCCAGAAGGGUCAACGUGCAGGGAGACUUCUGGGCUAUGUGACCUGCCCGAGUAUUGCAAUGGUACAUCUGAGCUCUGCCCAGCAGACAUGGCCAAGCAGGAUGGGACUCCGUGUGCUGAGGAUGGCUACUGUUACGCAGGCAAAUGCCGAUCUCGCACAUUACAGUGCAGGUUUAUCUUUGGCAAGGAAGCAAAGUCUGCUCCUCCAUCAUGUUCCCUGGAGGUGAACACAAAAGGGGAUCGGUUUGGCCACUGCUGGGGAGAUGGAGAACGUGUCAUGUUUAAGAAGUGUAAGGGAAAAAAUGCCAUGUGUGGGAGGCUGCAAUGUACAAACGUUAGACACGUACCUAAACUGCAUGAACUCAUAAGCUACAUUCAAACCCCGGUGGGAGAUACCUGGUGUUGGGGCAUCGAGCGCCACUUUGACAGCGAGAGCUGGGAUCCUGGAGUCAUCGAAGACGGCACGCGGUGUGGUGAGCACAUGAUAUGCUUAAAUCGGACAUGUGUUGCCAUGGAGGAGCACUUGCCGUCCCACUGUUCUCCUGAGAAAACCUGCAGAGGAAGAGGUGUCUGCAACACUGCAGGGAACUGCCACUGUGAGAACGGCUGGGCACCUCCCUUCUGCAACACCUUUGGCUUUGGAGGAAGCAUUGACAGUGGGCCUGCACCGGUCACUAAAAUGGGGCUUUUCUGGAUCAUUGUUGGAAUUACCAUAGUAACUAUUUCUGUUUUGGUGCUGGUAUCAAUGUUCCUUGAGAGUCUGAGAAAUCUCACAGUAACUCAAGCAUUAAGAAGAUACUUAAGAUCUAUUUGUUCUAGAGAAGGUGCUCCUAAGGAGGAUGCUGAGAACCAGGUGAAAGAAGCCAAUUCCAAACCAGCUGGGACUUGA